UUCACUUCUUCAACAGUCCAACUCACUCUUAAUAGUCCCCACUCACUCACUCACUCACUCACUCACUCACUCACUCACUCACUUACCUCCUCCAUAAAACUAAAACACACAAAGUGCAGCAGUUGAAAUGCUAUGACUCAUCCAUCACCAUUAUUCCCUUCUUCAAUACCUACAAAACUCAUAUACGUCUCUCUUAUCUCCAUUUUUAUAUUUAUCAUCAUUAUCUCAUAAUAUUAUAAAAACAUUAAACAGAUAUUUUCCGUAUAUAUCUACCCAAUCCACAACCUACAUUAUAGAAAUAAUUUCAUCAGAAACGAAAAUAAAUAUAUGAGAGAGAAAAAAAAAAACGGUGACGUAUCGUGGAGAGAUUUUCUUCGUUAAAGCUUUUUCUUCACAUUUUUACUUCUUAGAUUCUUUUUUUCUGGGUUUUGUUAAACAAAACGGCUAAGCAACAUUUUGCUUUCUCAUUUUUGCUUAGCUUAAAACUUUAAUACAGUAAUAUCUAAAACACUCCACGAUUUUAUUUGAAGUUUUUUGCUUUAAAUUUGGUGAAAACAUAAAAUGAAGUAACUUUAGUUUAUUAAAAAAAAAAAAGUGGAGUUUUGUUGUUUUUGUUUGAACAAGAUAAUGGGUAAGAGAAUAAUGUUAUUGCUGUUAAUGGUGGUUUUUCUUGGUGUUGUUACAACGACGUCGUUUGCUGUGAAUAAUGUGACGUAUGAUCAUCGAGCUUUAGUCAUUGAUGGCAAACGUCGUGUUCUUGUCUCUGGCUCCAUUCAUUACCCUCGCAGCACUCCCGAGAUGUGGGCGGACCUCAUUCAAAAAUCCAAGGAUGGAGGAUUAGAUAUAAUUGAGACGUAUAUUUUCUGGGAUUUGCAUGAGCCAGUUCAAGGCCAGUAUGAUUUUUCUGGAAGAAAAGAUUUAGUCAAGUUUGUCAAAUUGGUUGGGGAAGCUGGGCUUUAUGUUCAUCUUCGGAUUGGUCCUUAUGUUUGCGCUGAAUGGAAUUAUGGUGGGUUUCCUCUAUGGCUGCAUUUUGUUCCGGGAAUUAAAUUUCGGACCGACAACAAGCCGUUCAAGGAAGAAAUGCAGCGAUUCACGGCCUAUAUUGUGGAUUUAAUGAAGAAAAACAACUUAUAUGGCUCACAAGGAGGACCCAUAAUCUUGUCCCAGAUUGAAAAUGAGUAUGGUAAUAUUGAUUCAGCAUAUGGGUCAGCUGCAAAAUCUUACAUUAAGUGGGCAGCAAACAUGGCUGUGUCUUUGGAUACUGGAGUGCCAUGGGUUAUGUGUCAGCAAGCAGAUGCUCCUGAUCCCAUUAUUAAUACAUGUAAUGGUUUUUACUGUGACCAAUUUACACCAAAUUCCAAUCAAAAGCCAAAACUAUGGACUGAGAAUUGGAGUGGAUGGUUUUCUGCCUUUGGCAGUCCUAUACCAUAUCGACCUGUUGAAGAUCUAGCUUUUGCAGUGGCACGAUUUUACCAAAGAGGGGGUACAAUGCAAAACUAUUACAUGUACCAUGGAGGAACCAACUUUGAUCACACUUCUGGUGGACCAUUCAUCACUACAACUUAUGAUUAUGAUGCUCCAAUUGAUGAGUAUGGUAUUGUCAGGCAGCCAAAAUGGGGCCACCUCAAAGAUGUACACAAGGCAAUAAAGCUUUGUGAAGCAGCAUUGGUGGCAACUGAUCCCGUAUACUCUUCUCUAGGACCAAAUUUGGAGGCUACAAUGUACAAAACUGAUUCAGGAUUAUGUGCUGCAUUCCUGGCCAAUGUGGGUACGCAAUCCGAUGCAACUGUGAAAUUCAAUGGCAACUCAUAUCAGUUACCUGCAUGGUCUGUGAGCAUCUUGCCUGACUGCAAAAAUGUGGUGCUAAAUACUGCAAAGAUUAAUUCUAUGGCAAUGCUUCCAAAAUUCAUACCUCAGUCUGUGAAAUAUAACCUUGACUCUUCUGGAGACAUUGCAUCAACGUGGAGUUGGUUUAGGGAACCAGUAGGCAUAUCAAAGACGAAAACGCUUGUAAAACCAGGCCUACUGGAGCAAAUAAAUACUACAGCUGACAAAAGUGAUUACUUGUGGUAUUCAUCAAGCAUCAUUAUCAAAUAUGGUGAAUCAUUACUUCAGAAUGGAUCUCAGACUGUUCUUCAUGUGGAAUCACUCGGUCAUGGCCUUCAUGCUUUCAUCAACGGGAAGCUUAUAGCUACCAGAUUUGCUCCAACAGGAAACCAUAAGAUUUCAGUGGACAUUCCUGCAACACUUAACCCGGGAAAGAACACAGUUGACCUCUUAAGCUUGACAGUGGGACUUGCGAAUUAUGGAGCAUUUUAUGAAUUGGCGGGUGCUGGUGUUACUGGUCCUGUAUCACUGAGAAGCUCUAACGGUGGCCUUACUCUUGAUCUCUCUUCGCAGCCAUGGACAUAUCAGAUUGGACUGAAAGGCGAGGACUUAGAUCUAUCCAGCGGAAGUUCCUCCCUUUGGGACUCAUCUUCUUUCCCUAAGAACCAGCCUCUAACAUGGUACAAGACGCUGUUUGAUGCUCCUGAUGGGAAUGACCCACUUGCUCUGGAUUUUACGGGGAUGGGGAAAGGCGAGGCUUGGGUGAAUGGGCAGAGUAUCGGACGGUAUUGGCCAGCUUUGAGCUCGCCAGACAGUGGUUGUACGGACUAUUGUAAUUACAAAGGGCCUUAUAAGUCUAACAAAUGUCUCAAGAAAUGUGGAAAACCAUCUCAAGAAUUGUACCAUGUACCUCGUUCAUGGGUGAAACCGAGUGGUAAUGUGCUCGUUGUGUUUGAAGAGAUUGGAGGAGAUCCAACAAAGAUAUCUUUCACCACCAAACAAGUUGGGAGCAUAUGCUCACAUGUAUCAGAGUCUCACCCACCGCCUGUUGAUAUGUGGAAUACAGAUCAAACAGGAAAGAAAUCAGUGCCUACGCUUUCACUGGAGUGCCCUUCAUCAAAUCAAGUCAUUUCUUCAAUCAAGUUUGUAAGCUUCGGUACUCCACAAGGAUCCUGUGGGAGUUAUGCACAUGGUACAUGCAGGAGUCUCCAAGCACAGAAAAUUGUGCAGAAGGCUUGUGUUGGAGCUCGCAGUUGCAACAUCGGAGUAUCAGUGGCCACAUUUGGUGAUCCGUGUAUAGGAGUGAAGAAAAGUUUAGCUGUAGAAGCUAUCUGUGGAUAGUUUACGAUUAUGAUUUGUGAACCUUCCCAAUAUACUAAAAUCAUAACAUAAGCAUCAUUCUCUAGUGCAUUAUUGAACAAAAACUCCCAUUGUAUAUUCCUUCUCAGAAGUUCAUAUGGGAAACUAAAGCAAGUAGUGGACC